AUGACUGGGCUGCCCUGCAGGAUUAUCAGGAAUCCUAGCGUUUGCUGGCAGAACCACAUGAGAGCAAUGCCCAUUGUUUUCAUGUGGUCAUUGCUGACCCUCAGGAAUCCCCCUGAGAAAGGGAUUUUUAAAGUUGAAUUAUUCCUUCCAGAAAAAUACCCAAUGGCAGCCCCUAAAGUACAUUCCAUGACCCAAAAUUAUCAUCCUAAUGUAGACAAGUUGGGAAGAAUGUGUUUAGAUAUUUUGAAAGAUAAGUGGCCCCCAGCACUGCAGAUCCACACAGUUCUGCUAUCACUCCAGGCUGUGUUAAGUACUCCCAAUCCAGAUGAUCCAUUAGUAAAUGAUGUAGGAGAGCAAUGGAAGACCAAGGAAGCCCAAGCCAUAAAGACA